UGUAUAUGUCUAUAUCUAUCACCCCUACUCUCCCUCUCCCUACGUCAUUCAUUUUAUAUCUCUCCUCUCUCUCUAUAACUCUCGCUGACUGUUGAAAUAUAUAUAUAUAUAUAUAUAUAUAUAUCUCUGAAGAUAGGCGUCACAAAAAUACAAUCAUGACCGGAAGAGAGAUUCUUCACAAGAUGAAGGAAAAGGCGGCAUGUUUUAUUGCCACACCAGUUGCACCAGAUAAAGGGAAAGGAAAAGGCGGAAUUUCGAAACAUAUCACUCACGGAUUUCACCUAGUGGAAGGAAAAUCUAAUCAUGCCAUGGAAGAUUACUUAGUUUCUGAAUUCAAACAUGUAGAUGACAAUGAGUUGGGAUUAUUUGCAAUUUUCGAUGGCCAUAUGGGCCAUGAUGUUGCGAGUUAUUUGCAAUCACACCUGUUUGACAAUAUUUUAAAAGAGCAUGAAUUUUGGGAUGAUACAGAGAGUGCAAUAAGGAAUGCUUAUCAUAGAACUGAUACCGAUAUCUUAAAGCAGUCAAUUCAAUUGGGGAAAGGAGGCUCAACUGCAGUAACGGCAAUACUGAUCAAUGGCCAAAAGCUUGUAGUUGCAAAUGUGGGAGAUUCUAGGGCUGUUAUAUGCAAGAAGGGCAUAGCCAAACAGUUAUCGGUUGAUCACGAGCCAAGCAAGGAAAAAAAGGUGAUUGAGAGUAAGGGUGGCUUUGUAUCAAACCUUCCAGGUGACGUGCCUCGAGUUGAUGGACAGUUGGCAGUAGCGAGGGCAUUUGGUGACAAGAGCUUGAAGAGACAUCUUAGUUCAGAACCAGAUGUGGUGUUGGAAAAAAUAGAUGAUGACACGGAGUUUGUCAUUUUGGCAAGUGAUGGGUUAUGGAAGGUGAUGUCAAACCAAGAAGCAGUGGAUUCUAUCAAAAACAUGAAGGAUGCUAAGUUAGCAGCAAAGCAUUUGACAGAGGAGGCUCUUUCUAGGAAAAGCAAGGAUGAUAUCUCCUGCAUAGUCGUAAAGUUUCAGUAGUCGUUUCGGAGGAAAUGUCAAGCUUUUGUGUUAUUAAAUUGGAGGCAAGAGAAGUAAUUAGUUGAUGUGUGCUUGUGUAAAUUUAUACAUAAAUUUGUUGUCCUUGUUAGUGGUAGAGAUUAUUGAAUUUGCAAUGAUACUUCUGUAUACACACCGAUCAAGUAAUGAACCAUAUUAUAUUUAUAUUUUUGUUCA